AAGGAGAAUCGAUGUAGGUGAUAGACGAGAGCAGAACAGAGCUGGGGUUUCUUCACCUGUCGGCAGCGAAAGAGAAAGGGAGAAAUGAAGGUCGCGGCUGCUCUAUGCUGCUCGGCUUGGAUGGAGAAGCAAUGCGGUCGAUUGGAGGUGGAAUCCUCUCCGACGAAAUCGUCGAUCUCCGGCCAAAUCCUCACCUUGAUGGCGGUGACGACAAAAACUCGUCCUCUUUCACCAUUUUUAUUGACUGAGGACGGGUUAGGUUGUGAGCAACGAAAUUGAUUUCGUCAAAUCAAGAAGAAGAAGAAGAAGAAGGGAGGUGAUGUGCAAGA